AUGAAUACUUAAGAUGAAAUACUUUUGUUGAAGAAGUGCAUUUGUGAAUUUUUAAAUAAGCUACUCCCCACAAUUAAGGAUCCGUUAAUUUUAACCAGAUAAAGACUAAGCUAAUUUAAAACUGUUCUUUUAGAUGAAUUGAAAACUAUUUAAGAUGUGUAUUACUAUGUUCAAACACUCUAAUUUCAAGAUGGAAUGAUCAUCAGAACUGAUACAAAGAUUGAGCAUUAAAGAAAUCCAUCAGGAGCUAAUUAAGACUAUAUGAGUUUAAAUUCAAACCCAACACUAGCAGAUAAGAGAACCAAUCCCCCAUUUGGAUUGAAUAGAGGAUAAGAUCCUUAAUUGCCAAAUGCUGGAAAUGCAAUAAAUAUGAAAACUAACAAUACAACAACACUCAAUUAACAAAAUCAGAUUGUUGAAGAUUAAUAAGAAAUACCUAAGUUAGGCAAAGAUAUCUUUUUUAAAAGACCAUCAACAAGAAAGCUAUCUAUUAAGACUAAAGAUGCAAAGGUUUAAGAAAAUAACUAUAAACCUAUUGAUGAAAUCUAGAAAGUGAAUGUCUACGGAUAAAAGGCAGAUACUUUUAGUGUGUUAAAUAAUUAUAGUAAGAGAACCCCAUUUUUCGAUAAAGAGACCUUGUUGAACGAAAUCAAGGAGAGCGAAAAGAUUAUUCGUAAAAACACCACUACUUUAAAUGCAGUUUAUAGCAGAAGUUUUGAAAUAUUAACUGGUGACAAAGAAUAAAAUACAGAAUAACUAAACAGUAUUCAACAAGGUUUGCGUGCACAAUAGGAUUUAAGAGAAUUGCAAAAUGCCUAAAGAAAUGCUACAUUGAAAGGGUAUUCAAUUUAUGCUAAGAAGGAUAAGGAUAUUGCUAAACAGAGAAUGGAUGAAAUUGCAUAAAUUAACGAUAAAAAGAAACUAUAUUUUUGA